AUGACGUCAAAGGGUCAAAGUUGAACAGUCGGGUGCGCGUUAGGAAAGCAGUUGUGUAACAACAACAGCUCUCUGCUGCUACUUUCCAGAGGCGCUACAGUUACACAUGGGCAUCGGAGAACGCUGAGGCUCAAAUAUGUUACUUUCCUCUUUACGGACGACAAUAUCUUGCGGUUGCAGAUGUGCUGGCAAGAGCUUUCAGCACAGCAGCCAGCGGAGUCUGCAGCUACGGCAGUGGUUUGUGAGGAGAAAUCAAAGCACCUUAACAGUAGAGUCAGCGGUUCGCUCCAAGGCAGCAGCAGUCGUCCCCAACGCAGCCACAAACCGAAUAGUGGGACGCUGGCUGAUCGGCUGCAGUGGGCUGGUGGUUGGAGCUGUAGUCUUGGGUGGUGUCACAAGGUUAACAGAGUCUGGGCUCUCCAUGGUUGACUGGCAUCUGGUGAAAGAGAUGAAGCCACCUCAGUCAGAGGAGGAGUGGCAGGCAGAGUUUUCAAAGUACCAGCAAUUUCCAGAGUUCAAAAUACUGAACCAUGGAAUGACUCUGUCAGAGUUUAAGUUUAUCUUCUUUAUGGAGUGGGGCCAUCGGAUGUGGGGCAGGUUGGUUGGGCUGGCAUACAUCCUCCCCACCAUUUACUUCUGGAGAAAAGGAUACUUCAAUCGUUCCCUGAAAGGAAAAGUGCUUGGACUUUGCGGAUUUGUUUUCUUCCAGGGCCUUCUGGGAUGGUACAUGGUAAAAAGUGGACUGGAGGAUAAGCCCGAGUCUCAUGACGUCCCUCGGGUGAGCCAGUACCGUCUGACUGCUCAUCUUGGUUCUGCCUUGUUGCUCUACGUUGCCAGUCUCUGGACUGGACUCACCCUGCUACUGCCAGCACACAAGAUGGUAGAAACCAAACAACUCAUGCAGUUCAGGAGGUUUGCCAAGGGUACCGGUGGUCUCGUCUUCCUGACUGCACUUUCAGGUGCCUUUGUAGCAGGUUUGGAUGCUGGUUUGGUGUAUAACUCCUUUCCAAAGAUGGCAGAUAGGUGGAUACCUGAUGACCUGCUGGCCUUUUCCCCAACCAUUAAGAACUUCUUUGAAAAUCCCACCACUGUGCAGUUUGACCACAGAAUUCUGGGUAUUUCUUCUUUAGCAGCAAUAACGGGACUCUACUUGUUCUCAAGAAGGAUGGUGCUACCUAGGAGAGCUAAGGUUGCCAUUGGUCUUCUUGCAGCAAUGGCCUACACUCAGGUUGCUUUGGGUAUCAGCACUCUGUUGCUUUAUGUCCCCACUCCACUGGCAGCGACACACCAGUCUGGUUCUGUGGCUCUUCUCACAUUUGCCAUUUGGGUUCUUGCAGAACUUCGUAAAAUGCCCAAGUGAAUGUCCAGUUUCUUUCAGCUACACUGCAAACCUGUAAAAGCCAGACUGAUAAAUAAAAAGGAGACGACAGGAAAAACUGAGGAAUUUCUUUAUUUAAUCCUGAAUGUGUGAAGAAUGUGUCCUCCCGCACAGUAAGGAGAUGCUUCAAAUGUAUUUAUGUGUGUUUAUUUAAUUUCUGUGUAUAAGAAUUACUGACUCACUGAAUUCAUUUUGAUAACACAUCAUAAAAUUAUUGUUUGAUAAAAGAUUUCACGUUUGCUAUUCCAGCACAUAGAAAGACACAGAAAAGCAAAAAUAAGUCAUGUUUACAGUCUUGUGGGUUAACUGUGUUUGUUUAACUUUUUUUUUCAAACUUUUCCAAGUUUCUUAAUAAAUCAUGAGUAAACCAACUCUUAAAUUUCUGAUUAUUUUGAUUAUGCUGCGUCUUAAUAUUUUUAUUCUUGAAUUUAUCUGUAUAAGCAUUUUUCUGUCUAAGUUGAAAGUGAAAUGAAGUUGAAAUAAAGCAAAACUAAGAUGCUAAGCACCA